CUGUUAUUAGUCUCAAAUCUCUUUCCAGGCUCUCGGGUUCUGGCGUCGAGGCAGCCCCCUGAGACCAUGCAUCCGUUCACCCUUUAUUGGAGCCUGCUCCAAGCCGGGCGCUGGGGAUAGAGAAAGGAAAAAGAUCAUUAUUAUCUAAUAACUGGCUUUCUGGGAGGGGGACAGACACGCAUACCCAGACAUUGCAUUUCAGAGUGAUGCGUGCUGUGGCAGAGGGAUGCAAAGCGCCAGGGCGCAGGAAGGAGUGGCGUCUGGGAAGCUUCUGGCUUUGGGGAACCCAGCUUCUGGGAAGGAAGGGCCCGGGAAGGCUUGGCGGGGAAGAAAACGCUUGGAUUGAGUCUUGAAAGUCGAGUUAUGGUUUCGCUCUGUGCAGAUGCGCGGGAACUCCUUCCCGGCAGCGGGAGCCGCACGUGCAAAGGCAGGAAAGCAAGAAAAAGCAAGUCGCUUAGGAAGCCAAGUUCACAGUUCGGGGCUUGCAGAGCAAUAGUAAGAGAGGCUGGAGGGCUGGGGAACGGUACACUUGAAAGGCGUUGUAUACACUGCCGGAGAGUUUGAACUUGAUGGAGAGGGCAGUGGAGAGCCACCAUGGGCUUUUAAGGCAGAGGAGUGACGGAAACAAAUUUAUCUUUUAGAAAGGCAGUUCUGGCUGUGCCGAGGAUGGAUUGGACGGACUAGAGCCGCGCUGUCCAAUAGAACUUUCUGGGAUAAUAGGAAUGUUCUUAAUUAGCACUGUUCAGUAUGGCACCCAUUACUAGUGUGACCCAGGGACAGAAUUUAAAAUUUUAUUUAAUCUGAACUGAUUACAUAUAAAGUUAAACUUAAAUAACCACAUGCGACUGGUGGCCGCUUUGUUGUGUAGCACAGGUCUAGAGGUUGGAAGGCCAGUUAGGAAGCUGUUGAACAGUCCGCAUAAAAACAGAUGCGGGUCGGAACACUCUGCCUGAGUGGCUUGUAAUCCAUCCAGUCUGUCACUCCUUAAAACCCCGCAGUGGGGCUCCCCCCUCACCGUGAAAGCCCCCGAUCCAAAUUCCGUUAGAUACUUAAAGGUAAGACUCCUAAUGGUCUGCCUGACUUCAUAUCCCCCACCCCCACCCCACUCACACACACUCACACAUGCCUUAUCUCCCAGCCAUAGAGGACUUCUUUCAACGUAUUGGAGGCACCACAGUCUCCCAUCCAGGCCAUCUCUCAGGCUGGUCCCAAGGCCUGAGACACCCUCCCCUCUCCCCCACCAGGCUAACCUGUAUUCCUCAGUCAGGCCCUAACCUAGACCAACUUUCCUCUGGGAAAUCUUCCUGACUGCCCAGAUUAGGUGUCUGUGUCAUGUGCUCUGUAGCAUUUUGCACUUCCCUGUGCUUGCUGGCUUGAUCAGGUGUGUUGCCCACCAGGCUGUCGGCUCUGGUUGUGUUCCCAGCACUGAGGGCACUGCCAGGCACCAGAAAGGGAGGCAGUGUGGUGCAGUGAGCACGAGCAUGGAUUUUGAUGCUCAGCAGUUCUGGGUUUGAAUUCUGACCCAGCUACUUACCAGCUAUGUGAACUUUAGACACAUUCUUACCCUCUGAACUUCAGUAGGCGGGAUGAUAAUGAUACUUAUCUCGUGGGGUUGUUGUGGAGGUUAAAAGACUCUACUUAUGCAAAGAGCUCGGUAUAGUGCCUGGCUCAGAGUACACACCCAGUAUUAGCUACUGGCGCUAAUGCUAUUAUUAUGGUUAUAAGCACUCAAUAAAUAUUUGUCUAAUGAAUAAAGAGAUAUCUUCUGUAGAAUUAUCAGAACCCCGUGAACAGCUGAUAUGGUAAUGAAGAGAGGUUUGAUAUAACUCAUAGGUUUCUGGUUUGGAUGUCUGCAUAGAAGGUUCCAUUCACUUAAAGAGAGUCUACAGGAGGAGAAGCAGAAUUGGACGGGAAGAGUUUUAAUUUUGAGUUGAUGGGGUCAGUAGGUGAUUUCCUGCAGUUGAACAGCCAGUUCUGGAGCUCAGGAGAAGGCUCUGGAUUGAGAGCAUCACUUUCAGAGUCAUUGGCUUGUGGGUCAUAGUUAGAGCGUUUGUGUUUGGAUUAGAAAUCCUGGGAAGAGCGUAUAGACUGGGAAAGACAACAGGGACAGCCAUCUCCUUAGAGCAGAGAGAGUAGCCAAGAUGGGAGGCUGAGAAGCGUAGCGAGAGAAGGAAAACUUGGAGUCAUGUCAAGGAAGUAAGUGAAUGUCCUCUUUCCAUCCAAGGGAGAUAGUCAACACAGGCUCAGGAUGUAGAGAACUCAAGUCAAAGGAGGAUUCUAGAAAUGCACACUGGGUUUGGGCUUAGGAGGCAUUGGUAUCCUGAGCGUAAGUGGUUCCUAUUGAAUAGGAGUUGGUUCACUGGGGUUGAGGAGCAGACAGGAGGUGAGGAAAUGAAACAUCUCAUGGACCACCCUCUCAAGGAGUAGCUGUAAAGUUGGGUAGACAUGUGAGAGUUUAGCAGGUUUUUGCAUUGAAGGGAAAGUACCAGUUGAGGAGAAGGGGUUGAAGAUGUAAGAGGGAGGAGAAGACUCGAGCUAGAGGUGAAGGGUUGGGUUUAGCAGUGGGACUUGGUGGGGAGGUGGCUGCCCAUGCAAUUAUGUUUGAGGGUGGGCUGAAGGAUGAGCAUCUGCAUGUGGGUGGCCUGUUUCCUUUGAGGCGAGAAAUGAGAUUGCUGAGCCUGAAGACCAAGUAUAUUACGGUCCCAGUGGAGCCUGGAAGCAUUCGCUCCCAGGACCCUGGACAGCGGCGGGUGCUGGACCGCGCGGCCCGGCAGCGCCGCAUCAACAGGCAGCUUGAGGCCUUGGAGAAUGACAACUUCCAGGACGACCCCCACGCAGGACUCCCCCAGCUCGGCAAGAGGCUGCCUCAGUUUGAUGAUGAUGCAGACACCGGAAAGAAAAAGAAGAAAACUCGAGGUGAUCAUUUUAAACUUCGUUUCCGAAAAAACUUUCAGGCCUUGCUGGAGGAGCAGAACCUGAGCAUGGCCGAGGGCCCCAACUACCUGACAGCCUGUGCAGGGCCCCCAUCCCGUCCCCAGCGUCCCUUCUGUGCUGUCUGCGGCUUCCCCUCCCCUUACACGUGUGUCAGCUGUGGCGCCCGGUACUGCACUGUGCGCUGUCUGGGCACCCACCAGGAGACCAGGUGCCUGAAGUGGACUGUGUGAGCCUGAGCAUCCUCAGAGGAAGGCCCUGCGUGCGUGACCCCGGCUUCGGAGAGGGCCUCAGCAAAAGGAGAGGUGCUCCUCCUGGACCAAGAGAGGAGCCGUUCACUUGCCCAACCAAGCAAGUCUUAUCCUUUAGGGAAGACUAGUCUCACUCCCGGGGACUGUGGCAGGGAAGUGGGCCGAGCCCUCACGGUGCUGUUGUAAUAAAAGGUCUCAUGCAAGGAGGA